ACGGAGACGAGCAGGUGCUGCUAUCAGUUGACAUUGGACGUCACAUAUUGGAACAAGUGCCUGGCAACAAUGAAGUGUCUCGUGUUCCUUCCAUGCCUCGUCCUGGCAGUCAGCGCCAAAAUAACACAAUUUACAUGGUCUGAUUGUGGUGCGAGUGAUGCCAACCGGGCUGUGAAGAUCUUGGAGCUGUCGGUGUCCCCCAUGCCUGUGAAGACGCCGGGCGAUCUGGUCGUCCACGUCAAGGCGCAGGUCACCAAAAGCAUCCCCAAAUGGAGCCUCAAGUUGAGCGUCAAACGUCAUACAUUCGUCGCAACGGUACUGGUGCCUUGUACGGAGAACAUCGGGUCUUGCACAUAUGAUGGUUGUACAAUCCUGGGCAAAAUGACAACUGGUGAUGCAGCUCAGCAGUCGGUCGGAUCUCAGGUCCAGAAGAUGCUGUCGGACAACAACUUCAGCAUCGCCUGUCCGAUAGCGGUCCAGAAUCUGGAUGUGCAGACCUUCACUAUCAAAGUGCCGGAACUGGGCAAGGCAGCAGACAUCCUGGCUGAUGGUGACUACACGAUCGAGGGCCGCGCCUUGAAUCCCGACACUGGAGAGUUGUACGGGUGUGUGCACUUUGAUGCUGCCAUACAGCGGUCGUGUACCGGAUGGCUUUGCUCGGGUAAACGGAGAAGAAUCGCAUAAAUACAUUGUUGGGAAUUGUUAUUCAAUAAUAAUGUGAUGAUUUAAUAAAUAAUAAUAAAGAUGGACCUUCGA